UCUUAUUCAAAUGGAUUUUCAGUGUCUGGAUUUUUGAUUAUUUAUUUAUUUUUAUUUAUUUAUUUAGGACAUGUCAACUUGCAAGAUGCUGUUUUUACUCAUUUUAGCACUGAGUGUUUCAUCUGGGGUGUGUGAUGUGCCUCAUAAAGAAGCCGGGAAAGAGGUUUAUUUGCAGUGUGGAGCACCUCCUAAUAGUGAUAUAGAGUGGAGGUUAAACGGCAAUCUCUUAAUCAGCAUUAGAGGCAAAACUGGAUUAAGACGCAAGGGUUCUGGCCAUACUGCGGACAAAGUAAAUUUAUAUGGAGACACUCUGAAUGUUCCCAGACUGGAGCCAAGAGACUCUGGAGUUUAUUCCUGCACACAGUCAGGGAAACAAUACACGCUGCAUGUUGUGUCAGUGUUUGUUAAACCAGGCCCAGUGCUGAUUCAGUCUAGUGAUGUGGAGCUGCACUGCAACAUUGAAGGAGACCCAAACACUGAAGUAGAGUGGCUGAGACCCCCUAAUGAUCAAGUACAUGAUGCAAAACAUCAAAAGAUUAACCUGAAAUCUGUGUCUUCAAGUGAUGAAGGCAAGUGGACUUGUAAGGUCGAAGACCUGAAGCUCAGUGUUACACUGACUGUUGUUGCAAACCACCAGAUCAAUAAUGUUGAAGUUUCUGAAGGGGACGACAUAGAGCUGCCAUGUUUUCUUCCUCGUCCUGUAUCUCAGAGUGUUUUGGGGGGGGAAUGGAAAGCAGACCACCUUCCCACAGUCCCAUUCCCAACCCUGAAGAACACAGCAGACGAAGGCUUACACUGGGAUGGCGUAAAUUCAUCAGUAGUCAAAUAUAAUAUUGAACGCCUCAGCACCAACUUCAAUGUCACUCUGAUAAAUGUGCAGAGCAGCUUUGCAGGGAAGUUUGUGUGUGAAGUGGAGUUUGAGCAUGGAGGAAAAUUAACUGCUGUGACCAAUUUGAUGGUUUUGGCCGAAACAACAGAUAAAACAGAUCUACACGCACUGUGCGUUUCACCUGGGGUGUGUGAGGUGUUGCUGUAUCAAGGAGUUGGGAAAGAGGUUUCUUUGCAGUGUGGAGCAUCUUCAAAUAGUGAUAUAGAGUGGAGGUUAAACGGCAAUCUCUUAAUCAGCAUUAGAGGCAAAACUGGAUUAAGACGCAAGGGUUCUGGCCAUACUGCGGACAAAGUAAAUUUAUAUGGAGACACUCUGAAGGUUCCCAGACUGGAGCCAAGAGACUCUGGAGUUUAUUCCUGCACACAGUCAGGGAAACAAUACACGCUGCAUGUUGUGUCUGUGUUUGUUAAACCAGGCCCAGUGCUGAUUCAGUCUAGUGAUGUGGAGCUGCACUGCAACAUUGAAGGAGACCCAAACACUGAAGUAGAGUGGCUGAGACCCCCUAAUGAUCAAGUACAUGACGCAAAACAUCAAGUGAUUCAUUUGAAGUCUGUGACUUUGAAUGAUGGUGGCAAGUGGACAUGUGUGGUCAAUGACUUUAAGUUCAGUGUUACGCUGACGGUUGUUGGUGGGGGUCCCCUAGUUUUAAACCAAAUUCAUUCUGUAUUUGUUUUUAUUUUAAAUUUCAGGAAAAGGAUUAGAAAACCAGCUCACAAGAUGAUCUUUUUUCUCCUUCUUGCACUGAGUGUUUCAUCUGGGGUGUGUGAUGUGCUUUAUAAAGAAGCCGGGAAAGAGGUUAUUUUGCAGUGUGGAGCACCUCCAAAUAGUGACAUAGAGUGGAGGUUAAACAACAUUCGCUUAAUCAGCAUUACCGGCAAAUCUGGAUUAAGACGCAAGGGUUCUGGCCAUUCUGUGGACAAAGUAAAUUUAUAUGGAGACACUCUAAAGAUUCCCAGACUGGAGCCAAGAGACUCUGGAGUUUAUUCCUGCGCACAGUCAGGGAAACAAUACACGCUGCAUGUUGUGUCUGUGUUUGUUAAACCAGGCCCAGUGCUGAUUCAGUCUAGUGAUGUGGAGCUGCACUGCAACAUUGAAGGAGACCCAAACACUGAAGUAGAGUGGCUGAGACCCCCUAAUGAUCAAGUACAUGAUGCAAAACAUCAAAAGAUUAACCUGAAAUCUGUGACUUCAAGUGAUGAAGGCAAGUGGACUUGUAAGGUCGAAGACCUGAAGCUCAGUGUUACACUGACUGUUGUUGCAAACCACCAGAUCAAUAAUGUUGAAGUUUCUGAAAGGGACGACAUAGAGCUGCCAUGUUUUCUUCCUCGUCCUGUAUCUCAGAGUGUUUUGGGGGGGAAAUGGAAAGCAGACCACCUUCCCACAGUCCCAUUCCCAACCCUGAAGAACACAGCAGACGAAGGCUUACACUGGGAUGGCGUAAAUUCAUCAGUAGUCAAAUAUAAUAUUGAACGCAUCAGCACCAUCUUCAAUGUCACUCUGAAAAAAGUGCAGAGCAUCUUUGCUGGGAAGUUUGUGUGUGAAGUGGAGUUUGAGCAUGGAGGAAAAUUAACUGCUGUGACCAAUUUGACGGUUAAGAGUUGGACAGAUCGGAAUGAUGGUAAAACAGGGAAAAAUUCGAAGCCUGGACUUGCUGGAGAAAUUUUCAGAAAGAGUAUGUUUGGAGUUGAACUUUGGAUCUGGAUUGCUGUAGGAGCCUUUUCUGUGGUUCUGGUGCCACUGAUCAUUGGAAUUGUCUGUAUGCAGCAAAAAAACAAACAAAAAAAGAGGAGAGUGAGAAAGCUGAGAUCCAUGCGGCAGCCUCUCACAGCUAAAGACUACUGCCAGUGCAACAGGUCUGACAGAGAGGUGGUCUUGUGUCAGCGAGAGAGACCUCUCCCAGCACCUAGACAACAGCGGAACCUACGAACGGCUGGGCUGAACCAUGCAUAUGAGCAUGCUUGAAAACACCAUGCCAUGCCAGGCUCUGCUUUUGAUCCAUAUGUUGCAUUGCAUUUCUGUUCAUGAUUUAUGCUGUGGGUCAAAUUGAAUUUGAUUCAAAAUAAUUUACCAAAAAUCACAUUUUUGGACAAAAAAUCUGGUAAAAUCACGCAGCCUCAUUCACCAAGCAUGCAUAAUCACUUUUUUUUCAUGAUCAAAAUAUGAUUUAGCAAAAGUUUUCUGAAGUUUUUCUGAAAAACAAUGGAUAUAUAUGAGUAUGUACUGCUGGCUAAUGAGAGGUCAGAAAGAGGUGUAGAUGUUAAACAAUUUUUAAUCUACUGGUAUUGGAUUUGAGAUUGACGCACUGUUUGAGGAUCUGGCAAGAUUGUGUCUGUAGAGAGCGGUGUAUGUUUGAGGAAGCGAGGAAAGGCUGUAAAUGACAUUCUGAGCGGAAAGCCCUUAUUUGAAGAUGGUUUGGGUGUGUUUUUUUGCAAAUGACUAACCUUGUCAACAUGGCAAAUACUCCAUCACCAUUAGAACCAUAAAAACAAAUUUGCUCAUACAGGUGUGUUGU